UAGAUGAAACAAUUUAAAAGUUAAAAGUCGAGAUAUUUUUACGAUGUCCGGAAGUCAAAAUAGUAAAUUACGUCACAAAUGCGAUGAGUGCGGUAAAAUUUUCUUAGCUAAAAAAAAUUUGAAAUAUCACGUAGAUGGAGUUCAUUUGAAAUUAAAGAAAUUUGUUUGCGACAAUUAUUGUGGACAAUCUUUUGUCUCAAGGGGACGUUUGAAUAAGCACAUUAUGAAUGUCCAUCAAAAAAUAAAAAAUCACUCUUGCGACGCAUGUGGAAAGAAUUUUGGUUAUAAAAGUGAGUUAAUUAGACACAUUGAUGCAAUCCACGAAAAAAUCAAAGAUCACAAAUGCGGAGAGUGUGGCAAGUUCUUUCGGAAGCAUCAGUUGUUGAGGCACUUAGAUGUAGUUCAUUUAAAAAGUAGAGAUCACACGUGCAAAGAGUGUGGCAAGGUUUUUGGUGAUAAAUAUAAACUGAUGCAGCACAUAGAUCGAGUUCACUUAAAACUUAGACAGCACAUGUGUGAGAAAUGUGGAAAGUCCUUUAGUGAAAAAAGCAAGUUAAAAAUACACAUUUCCACGGUACAUGAAAAAAUAAAAGAUAAAAAAUGCGAAGAGUGUGGCAAGUGUUUUGGUCGAAAGUCUGAUCUGAUCAUACACAUAGAUGUAGUUCAUUUAAAGAUCAGAAAAUACGUGUGUGAGGAAUGUGGAAAACCUUUUAGUAAUAAAAGUGCCUUGAAUCAACACAUUGGUACGAUACAUGAAAAAAUAAAAGACUACCAAUGUUUCGAGUGUAACAAGUUUUUUGGACGAAAGAAUUCUCUGAUGAAGCAUAUAGAUGUAAUUCAUUUGAAACUCAAAGAACACAAGUGCGGAGAAUGUGAAAAGUCUUUUGGUUCGAGAUCAGAUUUAAAUCGACACACUGCCACAGUUCAUAAAAAAAUAAAAGAUCACAAAUACGAAGAGUGAGGCAAGACUUUUGGACAAAAAAGUAAUCUAAUGUACCACAUAAACGCAGUUCAUUUGAAAAUCAGAGAGCAUAAGUGCAAAAAGCGUGGAAAGGCUUUUAGGGAAAAAAGUAAGUUCAACGAACAUAUCGAGACAGUUCAUGAAAUAAACAAAGAUUGAAAACUGAAGAGUGUGGCAAAAAUUCCGGAAAAAAUUGUUUUUCUUUGAGGCAUGUAGAUGCCGUUAAUUUCGAACUGAAAGAGCAUAAGUGUGAAGACGAGGAAAUCAAACCCCACAAAUGGUAAGGGUGUGACAAGUUUUAUGGAGAUAAGAGUCAAAUGCAGUUUAUUUGAAAAUCUACUCGAUCGACUCUCGCACACUUUGAUAACAGAUUAUGCCCGACUGCAAAAAGAGUAAGGUACUUUAAUAGAUACACAAAUGAAAAUUUGUACAUUAAGACAAUGUACUGUAAACAGAAACUGCUAACAAUGUACUAUAAGAGUUGCAGAGGAAGCUUAUACAACUUGAUGGCAAAUGAGUUAAAGAAAAUAAACAUGAUGAUUCAUGAAAAUGAAUAAAAAGUGGCAUGAAUUAUUACUCAUUUUGACACAGACUCUCGUCACUUCUUAUUCCAGUGAUUUAAAAGUACAGAAAUAUGACCCAGACUCUGCGUUUGGAUUCAACGACUCAGUUAACACAGAAGAAUAGCUUUUUAGAUCAGAAAUACGUGAACUUUUUUUUCAUUUUGCUUAUAAAUUUUUUUGUAUAAACCAAUAUUUUC